AUGGCGUCUUCGGUGACUCAACCUCUGGCCGCCGCUGCCACGGCGAACACCUUUACGAAUGUUAUCCAGCUCGCUGACCCUUUGGAUGAUUCUGAUCGCUGCACUCUCAUUCCUGGGAUCUUCGGGAUAUCUAUUCAGGUACUUCUUUGCGUCAUAUCGAUCGUUGUCGUAUUCUUGAAGUAUGUAUUCGAGCAUACUCGACGACCUCCCCUGGUGUUCUUAAUGGAUUUUGUAACUCUUAUGUGCGGUUCGGGAACCGUGCAUGUUCUUAAUAUAUUAUCGUCGAUUCUAAUUCAACGUUUUCAUGCCGGUAGCGGAGCUGAUACAGGUGACGAGUGCAACAUCUAUUUCAUGACGACACUGUUCGACGCCACAUUUGGGAUCUACAUUGAAUACCGUAUCGUACGAUAUUUGGCAAUACGUAAGGAGGCUGAACACUACUUGGAGCUUACACGGAAGUCCGUUUUCAAUCCUACGACUGAGGAAAUGGCGGAUGCUACACGAAUCGCUACGGUAGCCCUUUCCAAGGGUGUAUCAAUCGGCAAUUAUUCGGGUGACAUAGAAGGCUCAGCAGUUGAGCAUCUGGAUGAUUUUACAGCAUUUGGCGGUUUACCGCAUAACGCAGAAAGAUUUGGUCGUUGGAGACAGUUUGUCAUGGUGGUGACGGAUCCAGGUCAAUGGUUGUGCAUUAUGGCGAAUAAAAAGUUUUUCGACAAUCUUAUAUCGUGGUUGGCUAUUGUAUGCGGACUUAAGGUGUUCAGCAUAACAUUGUUCGUUGUAUUUUCGGGCACCGUCAACUCCGUUGGUGAAUUUAUACUGGGAUUUCUAAACAAGCAGCACACAAUGAAGCUACUAUUCGUUAUGAUUGGAGCGCCGUUGGUGCUCAACGCGUUCCAAUACUGCGUUACUGACUCUAUUAUCAAGAUAAAGAGCGCGGAACGAUCACGUUUAGCUCCGGAUGCUUAG